AUGUUUAGAAUUGAAUCCUACAUUACUCCUAUAUUACUAAGCUAUGUCGACAAAUAUGUUAGAGAUUUUAGACCAGCUGAUGCACAAUUGUCACUAUGGGGCGGUGGAGUAGCUCUUCACAAUUUGGUCCUCAAAGCAGAUGUUCUACAGCAGGAAGUUUCACUGCCUUUUACACUUGUCUCAGGGCGUAUACAUGAGCUUUUAAUCCAAGUGCCAUGGACAAAGAUAAUGUCCGAGCCAAUAGUUGUCACCAUAGACACUAUAGAAUGUGUUUUAAGUCUACAUCCUCCUCCUGAAGAGAGUCCACCACCAGAAGCCCCAAAAACUCAAGUUGUGGAAGCCCCGCCUGGCUACAUGCGCGCUUUGGUUAGACGCGUUGUGAGCAAUAUAGCUCUACGUGUACACCAUCUUAUUGUGAAGUAUGUCCAAGAUGACAUUGUUUUGUCCCUCAAUGUGAAACAUCUUGCGGUCGACAGCGCUGGCCCCAGCUGGGAACCAGCAUUUGCUGACAUAGACGCGGCCGAGCCUGCUUUGCGGCGCCUUGUUAGGCUCGAUGAUCUCACACUCUGCCUCGACCGCGCUGAUGCAGAUGGCAAGAUACGCUUCUAUCAGGAACCAUUGCUCUACCGAUGCCAGCUUGACUUCAGGGUCCUUACGCGGCUGGUGUCGGCGACGAGGCGACGCGCGCGCUGCGUGUCGGUGCGACUGCGCGCGGCGCGGCUCGCCGGCGGCGCCAGUGGCGAGCAGUUGGCGCUCCUGGCGCGGCUGGUGCGCGAGCGGCCGCCACCGCCACCGCCGGCGCCGGCGGCCGCGCACCACGCCGCCCACGCGCCCCCGCCGCCGGCCCCAGCGCAAUUUACGGUUACUAGUAACCAGUUCCGCAGUCUCGUUCUUAUAGUGCAAAGAUAUCGCCUGCCUAUCGUAAAAGGCGACAAAAUGGAGACCCUGGGUUCAUGGACGAUCGAGGUGGAUCCGGCGGGCCCUACGGGGUACCCGGUAGGGGCCACAUCAUGCAGUGACCUUGUGUUGCCUGCAAUGCAGCAAGGAAAUCGGGAAGCGAUGUCAACGGGCUCGCUGGAGGGCGUGCGCUCGGACAGCUGGUCCGAGUGGGCGUGGUCGUGGUUGCCGGCGUGGGAGAGCGCCGCGGGGGAGGACGCGCCCGCGCCCCCCACACCGGCCCCCCUCGCCUUCGCCGCCUACUUCGACGACGUCUCCUUCACUUUCAAGGUGAUGGAGACUGAUGGCGGUGGCAAGAGGCGGGCGCGGGCGGUGCUGGAGCUGGCGGCGUCACACGCUGCGGUCAAGAGCUUGAUGUGCUCGCCGACCACGCUGCGAGUGCGAGGAGGGGCACGUUUGCUGGAGCUCCGCUCGCAUGGGCGAUGCGUCUGCGGCCACUCGCACCACUACGCGUCGGACGAAAAACCGACGGUAUAUCUUAGCAACGUUGAAAACUCAGAGGAGUCGUGGAGUUGGCCCGAGGAAGAUAUAGGCAGUGCGGAAAUAGAGACGGCGGUGGCUGUCGACGAGCAGUUCCGUGCCACUCCAGAAAUGGCAAAAAGUAGUCGUGAUUUGAGUAUCGUGACUGAUACGACCGAAGCGAGUCCGGAAAGCUAUGACCGAAUCACUUGUAGUACUUCCGAUGACAACAACUUGGAAAUGGCUAACAACCUGAACAGUGAGGAAACAGAACCGUUCCAGGGCACAACAAACAAGAAUCCUGAAGACCCUGAGCAUCAUCAAGACGAAGAGAGCGAUGAGCUGUGGACUAAGAUGGCGCCCGUCGUGUUCCUCGAAUGUUACCACGAGAGGGCGCCACCCAACUCCUUAACUGACCCCUACGACAAUCCGCCACUCGACUUCCAGUACAGCGACUGGACGGAGGAAAGCGGUGUACGGGUGCGCGUGCGACCUAUGCUGGUGGUCGUCUGUGGUGGGCUGCUGCACAGGCUCUCUGCCGUGACUGACCUCGCCCUCCACCUGCCCCCACACCAAACGCCUGAGCUGCCGAUACGCACGCUGACGGUCGAGGAGUGCGAGUCGCUGUCGGAGAACCUGCCGCAGAGGCGCAGCAGCCUCGAGGUGCGGGGGCUGCGGGUGCGCGUACUGCCGUGGGAGCACUCGCCGCGGGCCGCCGCCCCACCGCUCCUGCUCGAGCUCGAGCUGCCGCACACGGAGGCCACCCUGACCGGGCCCCUCUACCCCUACAGGGUGUGCUCGGCCGCGUGCCAGAUGCCCGAGGACGAGGGGCCCGUGUGGAGGGGGGCGCGCGUGCAUUUGGCGCUGAGCGUUCGCGACGCACAGGCGGGCCUGCGCGCCUCCCCCCCUCCGCGCCGCGCCCCCUACCACGCCAAUAUAGGCGAGGCAAGCGUAUGUGGUUCCCCCGCCCGCUUGCAGGCGUCUCGAGAGGUGAUCUCAUCGUUGAUCAGCUGUCGCCCAUCUACGCUGCUUGCUAGAACCACGCUCGCGCAAGAUGCACUUAAUGACGAAGAGGCCGUGGCAGUGGACUUGACCCUGGAAGAUUUGACGGCGCGAGGCUUCCUCACCAGCGGUUUGCGCACGCACAUAGUGACGCUGCACGCCGCCAGGGCCAUCGCACUUCACGCGCCAAAGGGUGGUGAUAUGAAACAGGCAUGGCUAUUCUCUGGACCCGAGUCGCCAACUACAUCGCCGUACGUGCGCGUGGCGGUGCAGUGGUGCGCGCAGCACGGUGCGGGCGCGGCGGGGGAGGGGCUAGAGUUCGCCGGCGCCUGGCUCGAACCGACCGCCCUAAGCCUCGACCCGCUACUAGUCGCCGGACUCUCCUACUCACCGCGAUUCCUACCGAUGCCCCUGGAACCACAAUUUACUGGGAGUACCACGAAAACUAUGUCUUCAUCACAAUAUUUUAUGCUGCGUCGGACCACACCACCAUCGUCGAGCGGGCGGGGCGGCAGCCGUGCGGGCUCGGGCGCCGAGGUGCACGCGCGGCCCCGCAGCAGCGCCGCGUCCAGCAGCGAGCCGAGCGACAGGAGGCGGCACGCGGACACAACGGAGCCCCCCGCGCCGCCGGCGGGGGGCGGCGCGUGGUGGCGGGACGGGGAGCGGGCGGUGCGCGCGCACUCGCGGCUGCGGCGCGCGCUCGCGUGCUGCGAGCUGGGCCUGGUGCAGCUGUACGUGCCCGCGGCGAGCGCGUCCGCCCUCGGCGGCGGCUGCCUGCGCGACUCGCUCGAGCGGCACGCCGCCACGCGGCCCGUGCUCGUGCUCAGCCUGGGCCAUCUGUCGAUGCACUCCAACAGCGUGAUGAGGCACCUGUGGAGCGAGAUCCGACACGACGGCCCCACAUUCUUGCCCACGAAGGCGGACCAGAGCCAGGCCGUUGCAGCCGCGGCCGACUCGUUCCCGUGGCGGCUGCGCGUCGCGGACGUGUCGUGCUACACGCUGGAGGCGCGCGCGCACGCGCCCGCCGGCGGCCGCUCGCAGCUGCAGGACGGCCGCCCGGUGGCGCCGCGCGCGCUCCUCGGCCUGCUCACCACCACCGUCACGCUGUCCGUGGUCACCAAGGCGCUGGCGCUGCGCCUGCCGCCGGUCGCGCAGCGCGCCCACCACGCCGCCCACGACGAGAAAGUAAAAUAUUUCACAUCCGGCGUUGACUUCAGACCAUCCACAUUGAAGGAAUUCAUUCGAGGUCCGGCCAAGAAUAAACGAUCAGCAGCAGAGACGAAGCCGCCGCCAACAAUGGCGCCGGAAGCAGCGCCAACGGUAUCUGGCCCGGUCGUGUCGCUGGGCGUGCAUUUGCACGCCGACACGCCGCCUGUCACGCUGCGCCUCGAACAGGACCAGAUCGGCUUGCUGGCGGAGGCGUUGCACUGCCUCACGCACGUUCUGUCUCUGCUGCGUCGAGCCCCGUACUCAGAUGCGCCGACUACCGCACCAGUCUCCAGGUCUUUCAUCAGGUCGGUGCCAGAGGUAGAUAAGCAGCAAACUCCAUCGGAUGAGACAGCUAGUGAAAACCGUUCGGAACUAAUUCCAAUCUACGAAUCCAGUGCUACGAACGUCGGCGGCACGAAGACGUUCGUGUGGAUGCAGUGGGUGGUGUCCCGGGCCACGGUCGCCGUGUCGGCCGAGCGCGCCAGGCUCGCGGCGGACGUGGACGACCUCAUCGUCACGGUGGACUUGCAGCCGCACUACAGCCAGCUGAAGCUCAAGGUGGCCUCCGCAUCGCUCCGCCACUACAGACGGUCGGCGAGCGGGGAGUGGGAGGCGGGCGCGCUGGGCGGGCGCGUGCUGGAGGCGCGGGAGCCCACCGACGCCAAGCAGGACAACCACUUCCUCGCAGUCACCGUCACCCAGGCCCGAAUUUCAAACCUGCCAGUCAGCUGGAAGGAGGAACUGCAUCCCAAGUUGUUGGAACAGAAAUCUUCCGCGGACAGCCUGUGGGAGGUGUACGCGACGAUGGCGCCGCUGGAGGCGGUCGUGCAGGCGAGCGUGGUGCGCCACGUGGCCGAGGUGGUGCGGCUGCUCAGGCCGCGCACAAACGCUGCGUGCGAAACGCACGCACACGCACACGCGCACGCGCACGCGCACGCACACGCACAAGCCCCGCCCCCCACUGAAAACGCGUGGCAACUGCCGUUCUUCUAUAUGACGGCCGGAGGGCUGCGGUUGCUGGUGACCAGCGAGGUUGAGAAAGAGAGCACCGACGACGACACGUUCAUGCUAGUCAUCGGCAAAAUCACCGUCCAUCCACACCCAGAGAAUCCGAUAUGCAGGCGAGUUGUGAACGCGUGCGCCGAGGUGGGCGCGUGGGCGGGCGGCGUGGCGGCGCCCGAGGGCCGCCAGUACGGGGCGUUGGCGCGCGGCGUGGCGCUCCGCUCGGCGCGCUUCCACCAGCUCGUGCGCCAGGAGACGAGCGAAGCGGAAAUCAUGAAAGGCACGGGUGGCGAAAACCCGGCUCUAAAAUGGAGCCAGCCGACCGUUCUACCCGUCAUCACGCCAAUUCUGCACCCCGUGGAGAUGGAGUGCGUGGUGGCGCCGGCGCUGUUGGUGCGCGGCGCGGUCGCCUGCGGCCCAGCACUGGAGUUCAACCUGGUCUCCGACUGCUCGCUGGAGCUGAGCCUGCAGCAGGUCGCGCUCGCCGCCCGCCUGGCGGACGACGUGGGGCGCGCACUCGCACGCAGCCGCGACGUGGAGCUGGAGGUGGAGGAGGCGCGGUGCCCCUACGCCGCCCUCGGCCUUGGCAGGCUACGCCAAGAGUCGCCGCGUACGACCACUGAUACGCCGCCCCCGGUUGCCAUUACUCCACCGCGUGCGACUAGAAGCGAGUCGACGAGAACCGAAGCGUCACGCAGCGCUACCGACUCAGGCGUCGACUCUGUCACCUCGCAGGGCGCACCGAAGCCCACCGCAGAGGGCGCUCCGCCCCUCAAGAAGAGCGUCUCCAUCGCAAUCGCCCCGGACGAAGCCGUGGACCCGUGGGAGUUUCUUGAGGUGUUCGUGACGAUGGGCGUUAUCGAGGCGUCGCUGUACUCUGAGGACGAUGGCUCGCCGGAGCUGGCCCCGUUGAGGACGCGCGAUCCCCCCCCCUCCGGACCACCGGCCGAUCAGCCGCAACUGAAUGCGGAUCUAGACGAAAGCAAGGACACGAGGCGGGAGGAGGCGCAGGAUACUGCGACCCUUGGAAGCUCAGAGUCGGGGCAGUUCAGUAUAAAACCAGUACGCGUGGAGAAAGUUCAUCGCGAUUUGGUGAACUUAAAUUUGCCACACUCGAAGAAAUCUGAGACUACACUGCAUCUCAUCCAAGUGACAUUGCACCAGCCUAACUUGUACUAUUGGCGAAGGGCAUCUGAGAAAACACUGCAGGUGUCGCUGUUCGACCUGGGCGUGUCGAUGGGCGCGCGUGUAUGCCGGCGAACGCUUUUGAGCACGGAACGGGGCGCCCGCGACCCGCACACUGACAUACCGCCCGCCCUCGCCACCCUCAAGCUGGCUCUGCACGCCGAGCCCGCGUCUGCAGUGGGCAGUUCAACAGCGGGCGGAAGUGCAUGUGGCUCGCUGCAUUUAGAUGUCGAACGACCAGUAUUACUUGACCUGUGCGUCGACCGUCUCGUAUGCCUUCACCGGAUCGUGCAACUGGUCAAUAAGCAGAUGAUAUGUCAGGAAAAAAAUGUAGCCGCCGAAGAAAUUGAAAGAGGCCCAAUUUUGGACAGACUUCGGAAAUUUAUGACGCGCCACUCCUUGAGCAGCGUGUCCGUGGAGACGGGGCAGGUGGGGGUGCGGGGCGGCGCGGGGGCGGCGGGGUGGGGCGCGGUGCAGGCGCGCGUGACGAGGGGCGCGCGGCCCGAGCGGCUGGCGGCGCGCGCGCUCGUGCGCGCCCUGCUCGCCUCCGCCGGCGCGCCCAGCGAGUGCCGCCGCCCCCUGCUACUGCCGACCACGCUCGGCAUGGCAAUGGUGGCGACGUGGGACCCGUGGCGGCGGUCGGACGACGGUGGCAGGACGCGGCGGCCCACCGUGAGCGCAGAGGUGGACCUGGAUUCCAUCACUUUGGAGCUCCGGCCCGGCGACAUGGAGUCCGUGGCAGCGUUGCACGCCGCGCUGCAACACCUUCGGGGCGUCGUCCAGGCCACUGUUGACGACUCACAGUCUGAAUCUAUGGUUAGCGUGGAAUCAGAACGGAUCCCCAAAUCGGUCACAACCGUUUCCAGUGGAUCAAACGUCUCGCUGGAAGAGAUCACCGACCAUUACUACAAAGACGAUUUACGGAGCGGCGCUUUCAAACUGCUGAGGGGUGGUCAGCUGCCGAUGGCGUACCAGGUGCGCGCGACAGCGGGCGUGCUCGCUUGGCGCUACCCGCACCCGCGCGCCCUCACGCGUCUCGUAGCCUUCCCCGUGCCCGGAAUCGACGAGGAGGUCGAGUGCGUGCUGGAACUGUUCGAGUCGACGCUAAACCGCUGGGAGCCGCACCUUUACUUCCGUCUACCAACCAACGAACCCCGCGAAAUUAAACUCGACGUUCAACCUUCAGAUAUGGUGUUCGCGACGAUGUGGCGCGUGCGCGUGUGCCCAGACGUGGAGCCGGAGCCGCCGCCGUUCUUGUUCAACGUCAACAAGUUUUCCUUCUGGCCCGAUCCGGAGACGGGGCUGGAGGCGGGCGCCGAGGUGGGCGUGGAUUCAGGGGCGGCGGCGGGAGCGGAGGCGGAAGCGGGUCGCGGCGUGUCAACGGAGCAGCUGUGGAGCGCGCUGCGCGUGGAUUCGUACUUCGCGCCGCGGUGGCUGCCACCAUUGCGGCUCGCAUUCCGCCUGGCCGCGAUGCAUCUGUACCUGCACAACGACCUGCCGCGGCUACGCGGUGAGAAGCUGAGCUGCCUGGAGGGCUACUACGUGUCGCGUCCGCUGCGGCGAUGCCAUCGCGUGCUGGCAUUAGUGCUCUACGACGCUGAGGCCCACUUGCGUCUGGGCGCGCCCGCAGUGCGUCGAUGUCUGCUCGACGCUCGGAUCUCGAGCGACGUACUGGAGUGUUCCACGGGCGAGAUGAAGACCUUCUUGGAGGAGUUUCGCGUGCAGCUGUCGGUGUCGCAGCCGGCCACGAGCGCGUGGCGGGCGCGCGUAUGUGCGGACGUGGUUCGCGUAUCGCUGCACGGGACCCGCUUGAGGACGCUGCUCGCACUGGCUGACGACUGGCGGCACGCCUACCAGCUGCACAUAUUGAACGGGGCAGCUGAGGGGCCGGAGGCGCGUGGCAGCCCUACCGGCGCCGAGGAUUUGAAGUUGCAACUACUGGGGCGCGUGUCGCUUUGGCUGCACAACGAAUGCGCGUCCGCGCUGCGCGUUUCCCAACACGCCACCGACGAACUUUUACCUCUCGGCCCCGCAGCCGUUCUCGCCUACAGGUGGCGCUCACCAUACGAAACGAAAAUGCUCCGAUUUUCGUUGGCGAACCCCUCAGCCGAUUGGCGCUGGUCGAACAGCGUUCCGUUCACGGAGGGUUCGUACCGCGUGCGGGUCGAGGAGGCGGCCGCGUGCGCGCCCUCUGGCGGCGGAGCGGGCUCGGCGCCUGGCGCGGGCGUAUUUCUGUACGCGCGCGUGACAGAGCGGGGCGCGUCACGCACGAUGCGGCUCACCGGCCGCCUCACGCUGGCCAAUAUGCUGCGCCACACGCUACUCUACAAGGUGCGCGCCCGAUGUCCGGUGCAACAGUGGCGCACGGUGGGCGCGGGCGAACUGCACCCGGAGCGUGUCGGCCCCGCCCUCUUAGUCGACUCCGCCGCCGACCUCGCUCUGAAAGUGAAGUUCGUCUCACAUGACACGGGUUGGUCCGGCGAUAUUCCUGUAAAGGAAUGUCCAAAAGAAAAUGUGCCCUGGCUGGUCAAAGUGCCCAGCGGUGGGGAGGUGGCCUACGUGUCGGUGUGGUGCCGCGUGACGCGAGCCCAGACUGACGGCCGCCUGUUGGCCGCUCUGUGGCCCCUGUACGUGCUGCGCUCGCAUUUGCCGCUCGACACCGAUGUGAUGAUAGGCACGGAGCCUGGCGACGGGAGCGAGGGGCAGCCGCUGCCGCAGAGUGCGGGCGUGGUGCAGACGGCGCCGGGGCGCGGAGCCAGCAUCCACGUCGCCGCGCCGGGCACGACCGCCGCACGCCACAGCCUCACCUUCAAAUACAGGAAUAUCGAGUGCCCGGUGACGCGGGACGCUGUGCCGCUGCACUACGGCGUCACCGACACGUCCGUUUUCAACAAGUGCGCGCCCGUCCGGGACAUCGACGAGGUGCUGGACGCCAUCGGCCUCUGGCUUGAGCAGUCGAGCCGGGACGCGGAAUCGGAGUGGCCUUACACGCUGGUGCGAAGUCACUGGCAUGGCACCUGGCAGCCGGCGCUGUUGCAGCCCCGCUGUGACGUCACGGUGCGGUACGCAGCGGUGCGGGCGGGGGGCGGGUGCGCCCUGGAGGCGCGCCUAUGCCCCGCGGCGCUGCUGGUCAACGCCGCGCCCCUAGCCCUAACGCUGCGGGCCCAUGACGCCGUGCCGCUGUGCCGCCUCGAGCCCGGCCAUGCGGUCUCACCACCCUCCACGCUGCUCACGAAACCGUUCUUCCUCUCGCUGGACGCUGGCCGUGAGACGUUCGUGAGCGAGCCGCUGAGCGUGAGCGCUCGCGAGCCGGGCCGCUACGGCGCACCGCCGCCCGGCCAACUCGCCCUGGACCACGGCGCGAACAUCGCCAUACACUGCAACCAGAAGGUCGCGUUGCUCACGAUGUACUACGAAAUAAAGGAAGACAUAAACGUUCUGGGCAUCACAUCGACGUAUGUCCUAAUAAACAAAAUGGACACGGAUAUUAUGGUGUCAACCAUUGCAGUUCCAGAGGGUUCAGACGAUGAGGUUGUGCUCAAGCCGAAAACUUUCAAAGUUAUUUCACCAUCUAUAAUGGAAGGGGGCGAGGAGGUGGGCGUGCCGCUUUGCCGCGCGUGGGUGUGGGGCCGCUGGCGGGCCGGCGCGUGCGCGCGCGCGUUCGCGUGCGUUUCGCUGGCGGGCGGCGCGGCGGCGCCGGUGCGACUGGCCGCGCCGCCGUCCCGACGCGCACUGGCCCUGCGCGACGCCAACGACCGAUCGGUCGCUGUUGUUGUGACGCAACAACAGCACGAGGGCCGCUGGCAGGUGAUGGUGGCGCGCGACCCCUGCCCCCAGUUCAUGCUGUACAAUCGCUCCAACACCACACUCGCCGUAGCGCAGUACGCAGACCCAGCGCAAAUCGGCCGCGACCCUUCCGCUCCUGUGGUGGCGGCGGCGGAGUGUGCCGGCGCCCUGUGGUGGUGCACCGUGGCGGCCGGCGAGAGCACGCACUACUCGACGCCCGGCCACUGCGCGCGGUACCCGCCGCCCGCGCCCCCCGCCCCGCACCCGCUGGCGGCCCCCGCCCUCGCGUUCCUCACAUUCGCCCACGCCACCGAGGCGGAGCGGCGGCCCGACUGGUGCCCGCCGAUAGCGGUCGCGGACGGCGAGCACCUGGUGCAGCUCGCGGACGGCGCCACGCUCAAGCUGCGCGUGCGCACCGCGCCCCACUCCACGCUGCUCGAGCUGCAGGACAUAGAGCAGCACGAUAUAUCAGCGAGCGACAUACGACGGCGUCUCGUCGGCUCCUCGUCCAGUGUUCAGCUGCAGGAGCAAAGACAUACAACAGACUAUGGACCAAAUGACUUGCAACGAAUUGGCGGCGUGGAGAACCCCGCAAGUGUGGAGAGGAUGCAGACGACGAGCGUUUUAGCAGUAGACAACGCGCAGUUCGACCAAUCCGAUGCCUCGUUCAUGCCACGCGGCGUCCACGACACGGCGGCAGGGGCGGACUGCCCCUCGUGCGGCGGCGCGGCCGCGUGCGAGCGAGUGCGCUGCGAGGUGCGCGGGCUGCGCGUGCGCCUCUCGCUCACCGACGACCGGGCGCCGCUGCUCGCGCUGCACCUGGACAACGUGCGUGCAUCGCACCGCACCGAAGCGCACAGAGGGCGCAGCUCGUUGACGGUGUCGUCGCUGCAAGUGGACAAUGCGCAGUACGCGAGCGGGCAGUUCGACUUCGCGGUGGUGGUGGCAUCUCGGGCGCCGCGGCCGCCUUGCGAACGGUGGCCGCCGCUGUGGGGCUCCGCCUACCAGACCCACGAGCAGCAGCCCCACGAGCACGCCAUACAGCUGGACACCAUCAGCGACGCGUGGUGCGUCGCCCGGCAACACUUCAAUGAACUGACCGAGGUGGAGAUCCGCGUGGGCCCACUGGCGCUGUACGUCGAGGACGCUUACGUGCGCGAGGUUGCCGCUCUGCUCCGCGAGGCGUGGCCCGCGGGCGAGCACGCGCGCGCCAACACGACCGCCGUGGCGCGCACGCUGCAGAGCCCGCUGCGCCUACGGGCGCUCACCGUGCACCCUCUCGACAUCUCGCUCACCCUGCACACAGCGGUCCGCAUGUACAUUGCAUUAGACCAGAGUCCCCUCCGGCUGGGCGCGUUCCAGCUGCGCGAUAUGAUGACCUCGACGGAGCGUCUCACGCACGCACUUACCGUGCAUUACCUCUCAGCCGCUCUGCUCAGCGCCGGCUGGGUGGUGGGCGGUCUGGAGCUGGUCGGGGCGCCGGGGGCGCUGGCGGCGCGGGUGGGGGGCGCCGGCGGGGGGGUGCGCGGGGUGGCCACGGCCGCCGCGGCCGCGCUGCUCCGCUCGCUGAGCGCCGCCGCCGGCUCGCUGGCGCGGAACCUCGACCUGCUCGCCGGCGACCACGACCACGCUCAGCGCGCCGCGGCCGCCAGGAGGCAUCCGCCGCCCAGUUUGUUGGCGGGUCUCGCGGCCGGUUUGACCAACUUCGCCAUCAACAUACUCGGCGCGGUGGGUGGGUUGGCGCAUCACCCGGUGGUGGGGGUGUGCGUGGGCGAGGCGGGUGGUGGGGCUGCUCUACGGCGCGGCCUCCUCGGCGCACUAGCCAAGCCGCUGAGUGCAACGGCUGACUUGGUGGCAUACGCCGGCCACGGCCUAUUGGCUCAGACUGGCUGGGACAUUGUCCCACAGGUGCGCGAAUGGGGCGAGGGGGUGAGCGGGAGGGGCGCGGGCGCGGGGGCGGAGGUGUGGCGGCGCGAGUGCGUGCGCUGGGCGUUCCGGCUCGCCGAGCUGCCCGCCCUCGCCGGCUUCCGGGUGCUGCUCGGGGACGCGCCGCUGCUGCUAGUCAUCACGCACAAGUUUUUGGUAGUAGCCGAUCUCGAGACGGAACGUAUCGUGGAAAUGAUUGAUCUGAAGACCUGCACGGUGCAGCCUUUGGAGGGUCACACCAUAGAGUUGCUGGUUAAGCAACGACGAACUACCAGGAUGACAGAGAGCAGGGGGGGAGCGACCGAUGAAGAUAAUGAGUAUCAGAUCAGCGCCGCGGCGAUGGCGCGCGUGGCGCGGUACACUGGUGCGGGGGUGGGAGGGGGCGCGGAGUGCGCGGGGGGCUCCGGGGUGGGGGGCGCCGCGGGGGCGGGGGCGGAGGUGCGGCCGCUGCUGCUGCGGCCGGUGGCGGCGCACGCGCACUCGCUGCACGACGCCCUCGCCGCCGCGGCUCAGCACAACUGCGCCGCGCACUUCCCGCUCCUC